GUCUGGCCGAUGCGAGCAUCAGUCAGUGCGGUUCCAAUCGCACAAACCUUGUCGGCGCAUCCUCCUUGUCUCCCACUCCCAGCUGCUCUCUCUGAGCCCCCAGCGUCGACGCCAUGAGCAACGCGUCCAAGCACGCCGCCGCCGCCAAGCUCGGCGAGCUCAUCGCCCGUCUGCCGCUCAACCAGCCACAGCAAUGGGACGACGUCGAAUCCACCGCGCGAGGGCUCGCCGACGAGCUGCGGGUCAAGGACGUCGAACAGCAAACUCUGCUGGGACGGUCCAUGCUACCCCAGACCCUCACGUCUCUCCUCAAGGGCGCGUUCUCCGGCAGCCAUAUACCAGUCCCUCAAUCGAAGACCGCAGUUUACGAGUUGUUACGUGUAAGCGCCAACCUCUGCAUGGAUCAUGACGAGAACCGAGGCCAUCUACUAGCAUCCGGGUACCUGGACGCUGUGGUCCAGAUGUUGGAGAACUAUGCGAUGCUGAUACCAUCUACGUCGAGUGAACCCUUGGCACUCUCUAUCCCGGAUCUGAAGGUUGUCAAGACGUCCAUUGGCCUUCUCCUUAACGCUAGUAUUGGAUAUGAAUUGGUGAAGGCUCGACUAACAUCUAUACGAGCUGCUAUGACCAUCUUGAAGCUGUCAAUAGCCCUCUAUCCUCCUGGCUCAUGGCUCACCCAUCCUGAGCUUCCAGUGGAGGGCGCAUCUGAUCCACAAGCUACCAUCCUGGAGUCGUGGAACCUGAGAAGCGGGUUGUCGUCGUGGACGUGGAGGGUGAUCUCGGAACUCAGGGACUCGGACGAGGAAGCACCUGCACAGACUCGCCAAAUGUUCGGAGCCGAUGCUCUACCCUAUUUGGUGCGGCCGCUCAAGGCCUUCAUUCCGCCAUAUCAGGAAACACCGGCUCUUUUCGUCGGAUCGCCUGCUCGUCAUGCGCUGGUGCAGCAGGACUACGAUCUCUUGGAGGAGACUUGCGGUCUCCUUGAGUCCCUCUGUCUGGAUGUGGACGAAGUGAGGCUCUCGCUUGGCCGCGUGCUCAAAUCUCCUGAUGGCUCAGAGGGUGGAGCUGCAUGCCUGAAGGACAUGCUCGAGUUCCUCGACAAGGGCGACUACCCACCCUAUUGGUCUUCGGAGUCUUCAUCAGAGCGCGCAUCGAUGGAGAAGGGCUUAGACAUGUGCAAAGCCGCUAUCGUGAAGGCUGUCGUGGAGGUCGCAGGGGAGCAAAACGAGCUCUGGGACGACUCUGACUCUGAGAAGCCUGGCGGAGAGUUCGUCAAUACCAUGGUGCAGUGGAUUAGAUCGCAUGGAAGCCUCAAGGAAAGGCACCGCGAGGAUCUGAUCAUCUGCGCAACGCUCAGUCUGGGGAACCUCGCCACGGGAGACGCACAUUCUAUUGCCCUUGUCAAGCCGCCAAUCGCACUAGCACCCAAUCUGGCUCAGCUCCUCGAGCCCUCGACAGAUAUCAAGGUGAAGCAUGGCAUAGUGGGGCUGUUGAAGCACCUCGCACAGGCACAGAGUAAUAGAGCUGUCUUGGGUGAGGCGGGCAUAAUACAGAGGCUAGCGUCCUGCCAGAUAUGGGGAGAGGAGGCAGACAUGGCGGAGCGUGUGCAGGUGUCUGCAAUUGGCAUAGCCAAAUACAUGUGUAAUGCGAAUGUCGCAAACGUCUUCGCCCUGAUCGCACAGCCUCAAGAUGAUUCGGCAGGCUCGGCCUUGAGUCAGAUUCUGGCCCUAGUGCGUCGAUCGGAUUCUAUCGCCGUCAAGAGCGAGGGCACCCGCGUCCUCGUCAAUGUCAUCAAGUCGCUGUGGUCGAGCGACUCCGCGUCCGACGACGGCGCGAAGGCGCAGAAGAGGAGGGAAUGUAUGGCGACUGUCGCGAACGCGAGUUGCGCGGCGGCCCUCGCGCAGCUCGUCGGACGCAGCAAGAAGUACCCUAUCUUGAUCAACGAGGGCGUGGUCGCGUUGUCGCUAUUGAGCACACACGCGAGCGGAGGCACGCUCGUCCUCGACGCGAUAAUGAACCCCCUGCCGACUGAGGUCAUCAGGCAGCCGCAGUCGCAGCCCGUGUCUGCUAUCCCAACGGAGGGAUCACCAAUCGCCGGGCCACGCACGGCGCUGGACAUGUUGAUUUCCGUCCUGCGGAACCCCGAUACCAUGCCUGCGGAGGUGCGGUCCAAUGUGUGCGCACUCCUGGGACAGCUGGGGCGGAAGGGCGUGGUGGGCGAGAACCGUGCAGAGGACGUGGCGCGGAUCAAAACCGCUGCGAAGGAGCUUCUGGAGAGUCUUGCAGCGGAUUCGGAGGGGAACAAGCAGAUGGCGAGUGCUUCUGCUAGACGCGCUCUGGAUGCCUGGGCGUAGUAGAUUACAAUGCGGUGUAUCUUUCUCGAUGUAUGUUGUAUAACUCAGAUCUUGGUGUAUUGAUACGAUUCUGGAAUGUG